AACAGGAGGAGCUGUCCAAGUGCUGAAAACAGACGAUUCAGCGCCGCUUCUGAGGAGAUGCCAUACAUCCUCACUGCUGUCUGAGCUUUAUUACCAAAGGUAAUUUAUUGCCUAUAAUGCUGCAUUUCCACCACAAGUUGCCCGCGGGAGGAGCCGCGCUCCUGCUCGCCUUCCUCCUCCACGGAUGCGCGGUGCGGGCUGCGUCCCUCCCCCGCCACUGGCUCCAAGGCGGGGGCAGCGAGGGCCAGCCGGCCGCCUUCCCGCCCAGCUCCGACAUGAUCAAAGCCCUGGAGUACAUCGAGAACCUGAAGCAGCGGAACGGGGCUCGGCCCGAACCGGUGGACUACGACGAGGUGGAGAAGUUCAAGGUCCUGCUUCAGCUCGCCUCGCGCCAGGACGAGGUUCCCGGGGACCGCCAGGCGGCCCCCGGCAUCCAGAGGCCGGACGUUACCGCCGAGCAGUUGCUGAAGGCGAUGCUCAAGACCCUCCAGGACCAGGGCGGCAGAGAGGCGGGGUUCCCCGCCGCCGCCGCCGCGUCGGAGCCCCGGAGCGACCGGCGGACGCACAGGCACCGCGCCAAAGAGAUGCCCGGAGGCACUCCGGCGGAUUACGGUAACUUCCCCAGACCUCACAAGAAGUACCCGCUGAUGUUUGAAGACGAGGAGAACACUGACGCCUCCAAGCGGGCUACGGAGGACUUGGACGAGCAGUACACCCCCCAGAGCCUGGCCAACUUAAGAUCCAUCUUCGACGAGCUCGGGAGGAUGCCCGCCAUGCCCGGGCAGAAGAGGGGCGUGUUCGGGGAUGACGAUGAGGAGGACGGCGGGAACAGGUUCGGUCAGAGGAACCAGGCCUAUGAGGACGUGGCCGGGGGCGACGAGUGGGUCCCCGUGGAGGAAAGGGAGGAGACGGAGGAGGUGGAGAACCGGAGCCACGAGGAGAUGGACCGGGCCCUCGGCGACCAGGAGGAGGAGUCGGAGCGCGAGGAGACGCGGCGCCGCGCCGAUCAGAACCAGGAGGACGCGGAUGACGACACCAAACUGGUGGACUACUACCUGCUGAAGGUGCUGGAGAUGAGCGACCAGACCCAGAAGAGGGAUCAGACCGGGGAGCAGAAGAAGAGGCUGAUCCGGCCCUCCAUCGUGGAUCCCCGGACGGUGAAGGAGCUGCUGGAGCUGUCCCUGAAGCUCCACGUGCCGCCUCAGGACCUCAUCGACAUGCUGCUGACGGAGGAGCUCCGCAAGCUCCACCGCGACCCCCAGGCCCUGACCCGCUACACGGCKGCCGGACAGACCCCCAAGAUCAGGUACUUCAGCCGCAGACUGCCGCUGAAGGCCAAACCCCCCACCGAUGACAUGGACAGGGAGGACUUUUUGGACAUCAUCGGAGUGGAGACCAUCAGCAACGAGUAUCCCGUGGUGCAGAGACCCAUGAAGACCACCUCACCCGCAGACAGGGUCCCGGCGGCGUCCAGCCCCGCGGGUCCGGUGAAAAUCCCUCCACCCUCAGGCCGCAGGGAGAACCUGUUUUUAUCCGAGCUGAACAAAAUGCCCCUGAAGCGCCAAGCCGACGCUCCGGACGACGACGACGGGGACAUAGAAGACGAGGUGACGACCUACCUGGCGGCCAAGAUCCUCACGGAGUACCCGAACACCGUCAGCAAGCGGGACACGCGCGCGCAGCUGAAGGGCCAGUUCCCCUACGAGCUGUACGAGCGCGCCGUGAAGGACUACAUGGGCCAGGCRGACACUGAGCCGAGGCCGGGGAUCAAGCGGGACCUGGAGGGGGCCACGGAGGAGAACGUGGCGCCCACCGAGGUGCAGGAGGAGAUGCCAGCCAAGACAUCCGCUCCGCAAACCGUGGCUGAAGGAGGAGAAGAGGAGCGCCGUGAGAAAAAGGCAGCAGGGAUGUAAYCCGAUCCCUCCCCUUUCCUCUCUGCAUUAAUAUGAAUAUAGUAUUUAUAUUCUGUCUCAAACACAUAACGUUUGGUGGACGUGAUCUAGUUUACAAGUUUCUAUCAUAAAGAAUAGCUGAUAACACCCUAACAAAUAAUAAACAAUCUAUAGCAAUCUUAGACAUAAAAUAGAGAAACUUAACUGACUGUCCCUACUUGCUGCAAGAACCUAUAUUUUAAUGAGACCAGAAGAGAUUAAGGGUGCAAAGAGUGAUCAGUCCAACCUGACAAAUUUAUGGUGUGAUGUUAAAUGUUUACACUGAACAGUGUUUGUAAACAAUUUGAAUCUAUAACCAACAGAAUGAUGUUGUUUUUUCCACCUAUGUCAAGCUAUUUAUGUCAAUACACAUGUAAAUGAUCAAAUGUAAAUCCCGAUUGGGAUUAUUAUUAUUUUUUAUUUAUACUUGAGCACUCCGGAGGUAAAAUACUGGGGAUUGCCUGCUGCAUAGGACGAGUGUCAUCGUGACUCGUGAUAUUAUUCAGGGUUUGUGGAUUUAUCGUUCCGAGUAAAUUAAGUCUAAAUAUCAGACCGUCGCCUGCCUUCUAACCCUUUCAUACAGCGAAGCUCUGUAUCGUUGGCCUAACCGUGGUUGUGCUUAUUGCUCGUUUUUAAACCAUUUUGUACAUGUUCAACAAUGUGUCACAGGUGAAUAAAGCAUCAGCUGUAUUAUUUUUU